AGGCUGAACCAGGGGAAGAAAGAAACUCGCCUCGUUUAGAAUAGCUGCGGUGCUGGAGUAGUCAACACUCGUCGCCUGAUAGUUCCAGCCAAAACGGGACAUCAAACCUUUUUUAUUUUAUUUAUUUGGUUCAAUUUAAAUCCUCUUCUCAAACAAGAUGUGACUCUUUUCAAAGAACAGAUACCUUUUAGAAUAUCCAUGUCGUUCAGGAUAGCCGGGAGAGAGAACGUCAAGGGGUUUUCUACGAUUGGAAGUUAUUUGUUGUGAAUUGUUUUGAAUAUGUUAUUCCGAAGUGAGUUUGUUUUUUGUUUGUCUCCGUUCGUCGUGGACCUUUAAUUUGGAAUCUAUCGACGAAAUCCAGAUCGUCAAGGGAAACCCAGAGCGAGGAUUCUACAAAGCCAGAGAGCUCACAGACCGGGGAUUUAAAUUGUUUGGUGUGCUCCGGGAGAAGCGAGAGUCAAAGAAAGAAAUUCAUGUGGCCAUUCUCUCUUUAGCAAACAUUUUGGAUUGCAGAAUGAGCAAGGAAAGACCUAAGAGGAAUAUCAUCCAAAAGAAAUACGAUGACAUAGAUGGGAUCCCCUGGUCAGAGGAGAGGGAUGUGAGGAAGGUGCUCUAUCUCUCCCUGAAGGAGUUCAAGACUGCUCAGAAAAGGCAGCUUGGAGAUGGAACCAAAUACACAAAUGGUUCCCAUGCCCGCGGCCAGCUCAACGGCUUGGGGCAGAAGGGCCACAAGGCUGACGGGUUGCAGUUCCAGAGCACCGAUGGCAGCAGCGAGUACUCUGAGGAUGGUCCUGCCAAGAAGAGGCCCAGACUGCAAGCGCAGAGGAAGUUUGCCCAGUCUCAGCCCAACUCUCCCGGCACCACGCCGGUCAAGGUGUCUGACACCGCCCUGCCCGCCCCCUCCGCUCACAUCAGAGACAUCUCCAGACGGAAACCCAAGACUGAGGACUUCCUCACCUUCCUCUGCCUGAGAGGUUACUCCUCCUGGCCAAAUGAAGGUUCGUCAGCGUUGCCCAGUAACAUGGCGUACUUCGGGAGCUCUCAGGAUGAAGAUGAGCUGGAUGAUGAUGAAGAGGAAAACGAGGAUGUGAAGCCAGACAUCAGUGUGGCGUCUACUUCCUGUCAGUCCACGCCCAGGAAGGGCAAACCCCCAGGGAAACACGCCGUCAACGGCCACGUGUUGAAUGGACACAGCAAGUCGCCCCGGGACAGCCCCAAGCCCAGAGGGAAGGAGUGGGUGCAGGUGAGGGAGCGCAGUGAGAGGGCCGAGGCCCGGAGGGAGCAGGCCCUCAGCCAGCCAGAGGCCACAACCAGGGGCCACACCUUACCCAGAGGCCACACUACCAAUGGACUGCCUCACAGGAGGGCUGCAGAGGAGCCCCGCAAGCAGGUCUUUAAAGUGAACGGCGUCACACGGGUGUCCCAGACAGGCGUGCACACGGCCGGUGCCCAAAAAACUAAAGACUUCAGACUGCCGUCCAAAACUGUGAAGGGCCAAGUCACAUACACCAAAGCAAAACGAGAACUGGUCAAGAAAACCAAACUGAACCACCGCAAACACAGCACUGCUGCUUCCCAUAGAGCCAAUAGCAACAAUCACCACCGCCACCAGCGAAUCCCCCUCUCCAACUCAGGAAAAGCCCAGAAUAGCAAAGCAAAAACACGCAAACAGGUGCUAUUAUCCAAUGGGGUGUACAAGGUGGCUAACGGGGGCGGAGUGCGCCUCAACGGUGGCCUCUGUGCCAAGCAGGAGGUGGGCAGGCAGGGGCGUGAGGGGCUGAGGAACUCCAAGCGGAGGCUGGAGGUGGCGGUAUCGGCCAUCGGGGCGGUGGCUGACUCCCAGGGUCAGCUGGUCAUCCUGGAGAAUAGCCCCAACCUUAAGAAGACAAAACAACACCAGACCAGCCCUCUGGACGGUAAGACCCAGCACCAGACCAGCCCUCUGGAGACACGCAGUAAGAAAGCCUGUCAGGACAAGACCGUGGUCCCCAAUGGACACAUCGUCAUGGAAACCACCCCUCCCCCGACCCUGCUAGCCCCACCCCCUCCCCCAACUCCUCCCGCUACAUCACCAGCCAAUCCAGAGCCAGAGCGUCAGCGGCCCAAGCGGGCGUCAGCCGGCAAGCUGAUGUUCAUCAGACAAGCACAGCAGCGGGCGCAGGUUGCCUCUAACCCUAACCACAACCGUUCAACUACCUCAGAAUCUCCUUGCCACACUUCUGGACACACUCCUGGACAUAUCCCUCACAAACCAGCAGAGCCCCGGCCUGACAGGGAGUGGGAAAGGGAGAAGGAGAGGGAGAGAGAGAGGGCGGAGAGGAGCAGGGUGAGCUGGGCGGCGUUGGGUGAGGCGCCAGUGUUCUGUCCCACCCAGCGGGAGUUCCAGGACCCCCUGGUGUACCUGGACUCUGUGCGGGAGGGGGCGGAGCCCUGCGGACUUUGUCGUGUGGUUCCCCCGGCUGACUGGCGCCCAGAGUGCAAACUGAACGAUGAGAUGCGCUUUGUGACCCAGGUGCAGCGCAUCCACAAGCUGGGCCGUCGCUGGGGCCCCAACGUACAGAGGCUAGCCUGCAUCAAGAAGCACCUUAAAUCUCAGGGCAUCACCAUGGAAGACCCCCCGCUCAUCGGUGGCUGUGAGGUGGACCUGGCUCGGUUCUUCCAGCUGAUUAAUGACAUGGGCGGCAUGCAGCAGGUGAUGGACCUGAAGAAGUGGAGUAAACUGGCUGAUCUGCUGCGGAUCCCCAAGUCAGCCCAGGACCGUCUAGCCAAGCUGCAGGAGUCCUACCUUCAGUACCUGCUGUCGUAUGACUCUCUGUCCCCCGAGGAGCACCGACGCCUGGAGAGGGAGGUGCUGCAGGAGAAGGAGGGCUUGGAACGCCUCAGGGGGCCCCUGGAGGGCCACACAGAGAGGAGCCUGGCCCUGCCGCGAUACGAGCCUAAGAACGGGCUGGCCGGCAGUCUGGUGCAGCGCAGCAACGGUCAGCUGUGCAGCCGGCUGAAGGAGCUGGACAGUCAGCAGCUGAAGGUGGGACGCCGGAGGCUGUUUGCUCAGGAAAAGAAUAAUGGGGACAAGACACAGCAGGAGGAAGAGGAGGCGGAUAUGGAGAAAGGCGUUCUCAGUGACCAGCACAAGUGUAUUUACAAGGGGAAAUCUGUAUCUCUCACCAACUUCUUUAGGAUAGCCAGGAACACCAUGACCAUGUGCUUUAACAAAGAGCCCGGUGCUGCUGAGGUCGAGCAAGAAUACUGGAGGAUAGUGGAGCAGAGGCACUGCCAUGUGGCAGUGCAUUAUGGGAAAGUGGACACCAACACACACGGAAGUGGCUUCCCCGUGGGAAAGUCAGAGCCAUUUUCUAAACAUGGAUGGAACCUCACUGUCCUCCCAAAUAAUUCUGGAUCCAUUCUGCGGCAUCUUGGAGCCGUGCCCGGGGUGACCAUUCCCUGGCUGAACAUUGGCAUGGUCUUUUCUACCUCAUGCUGGUCUCGAGACCAAAACCGCCUUCCAUACAUUGAUUACUUACACACUGGUGCUGACUGCAUUUGGUAUUCUGUUCCUGCUGAAGAGAAGGUGAAGCUUGACAAGGUGGUUCACACACUGCUGCAGGCCAACGGGACCCCCGGGCUGGAGAUGCUGGAGAAGAACAUCAUGAUCUCUCCGGAGGUGCUUUGUCGAGAGGGUAUCAAGGUCCACCGCACCGUCCAGCAGAGUGGUCAGUUUGUGGUCUGCUUCCCUGGGACCUUUGUGUCCAAGGUCUGCUGUGGCUACAGUGUGUCGGAAACCGUUCACUUUGCCACCCCCCAAUGGAUGAACCUGGGAUACGAGGCUUCUAAGGACCUUAAAUGCCGGCACAUAGCCAAACCCUUCUCCAUGGAGAAGUUACUCUACCAGAUCGCUACGGCCGAAUCCAAACGCGAGAACGGACACCUUCUGACAACAAUCUCCGCUCUUCUCAAAGACCUCAGGAACAUAGAGAUGAGACAACGGCAGGAACUGUACGAGGCGGGGCUUCUGUCUUCUGCCCGCUACGGAACACACGACAACAACCUGAUGCCCGGCGACGGACGCAAGAAACCCAGGAAGUGGCUGGCGCUAGAGUCCUCAGAGAGACGCUGCCAGACCUGCCAACACCUCUGCUACCUGUCCAUGGUGGUCCAGGAGAAUGAGAACGUGGUCUUCUGUCUGGAGUGUGCUCUGAGAUACGUGGAGAAUCACAAGUCCUGCAGAGGCCUCAAGAUGAUGUAUCGUUAUGAUGAGGAGCAGAUCAACAGCUUGGUGAAGCAGGUGUGUGGCAAGGCCCUGGAGAAGACGACUGAGAAAUGUAAUGGUGCGAGCCCCUUUAAACCACCACCCAAACGCGGUCCCCGGAAGAGAGCCACCGUGGAAGUGUCCCUGUCCCGCCUCUCCUCCCACCUGUCUCCCGCAGCCGUCUCAUAAGGAAGUUAACACCCCCCACUGCCCCUCCAUCUUAGUUUGGCGAAUCACUGUUGUCCUUUUUAAAGAAAGAAAAAAUAUUUCCAGCUUUUAAUGCCCCAAAUCUCCUCUACCUAUGCCCCUUACCAUGACAAACUACCCCCCCCCCUCCCCCCUUUAGUAUGGCAAACUUGUGAAAGCAAACUGUAUUUUUUUGCACUAGCACAGAAAAAACUAUUUUUCAGUUCAUUUUUUGGGGGGGGGGGUUAGUUGAUGUCGUCCUUAGCAUUAAUUGAAAAGUUCACCGGUAAAUGUUGUGCCCCUUGCACUGCCCCCUUCUACACUUUUUGAGGAGAGGGUCAGAUUGGUCUUCCCUACCCACACUGCAGUCACACCCAUCGCCACCUGUCACUCAACUGUGAACAAAGGGACGAACGGAGAAGGUGCUCCUUUUUCAUUAUUAUUGAAAGUAGAACCCAAAGUUUGCUCUCGUCUUUAGUUUUUGAAGAUGAGUUGUUUAUAUUCUCCUCUUUUACCUGCAGCAGCUCCUGUUGUUCAGGGUCUGUUGUUCAGGGUCUGUUGUUCAGGGUCUGUUGCUCCCUAACCCACGCCAGGUAAAACUUGAAAGGCAGAUGUGUUUUGGCUUGCUUGUUUUUAUUUUGGAUUUUAGCUUUGAUUUUAGUCUUCUGUGUUUAUUUUGUCGUUUUGUUCCUUGGUGGCUGUGGAACUAGCGGUGCCGUGGCUGUAUGUCAGAAAUACAGACCUGGGUGCCGUGGCUGUACGUCAGAAAUACAGACCUGGGUGCCGUGGCUGUACGUCAGAAAUACAGACCUGGGUGCCGUUGGUCUCUGUGCCCGUAGUAGAAGGGAGGCCUCCUUCGCUAGCGAGUGAAAACUGUGCCUAAUACUCAGCAAGGAGAUCCAUAGUUUUUGGUGCUGUUGGUUAUUAUUACUGUAUAACAAUACAAAAGAAAGUUGAGGUGCUGGCUAACUACUAGCCUCCUCUCCCACAGGGCGGUAGCCUCUACUCUCCUCUCCCACAGGGAUGAGGUUCAAGGUUUUCAUGUCCCACAGGGUUAGGUUAGGGUUCUAGGCUCUCCUCUCCCACAGGGUUAAGUUAGGGUUCUAGGCUCUCCUCUCCCACAGGGUUAAGUUAGGGUUCUAGGCUCUCCUCUCCCACAGGGUUAGGGUAGGGUUCUAGGCUCUCCUCUCACACCGGGUUAGGGUAGGGUUCUAGGCUCUGCUCUCAUACCGGGUUAGGUUAGGGUUCUAGGCUCUCCUCUCCCACAGGGUUAGGGUAGGGUUCUAGGCUCUCCUCUCCCACAGGGUUAGGGUAGGGUUCUAGGCUCUCCUCUCCCACAGGGUUAGGGUUCUGGGCUCUCCUCUCCCACAGGGGUAGGGUUCUAGGCUCUCCUCUCCCACAGGGGUAGGGUUCUAGGCUCUCCUCUCCCACAGGGGUAGGGUUCUAGGCUCUCCUCUCCCACAGGGUUAGGGUUAUAGGCUCUCCUCUAGAUGUGCAAUCAUGUUAACAUUCCAUUCUUCCAGUCCUAUUGUUUCAGCUGUACCAGUAAACAUUCAUUAUUAUUAUUUUAUAUUUUUAUUGUGUAUGCGUUCUGAUGUGCGCGUAGAACCACUAGUCAAAGGGUGUAAAAUGUGAAAUAUGGAAAUCCAUGUUCUUUUUUUUUGCUUUUGCAUUUUCCCUUUUUCAGAUGAAUUAUGUAUGAUUUUAGGAGAAAGUCCAACACAAAAACAAACUUUUGUACAUAAUCCUGUAAAUGUCUUUAAAUACUUGAGCCUUUUCUGGGGUGAAGGAAGGAAUGAUGCCUCUAAAGGUAUUAGUGGAAGCAAGGGAGGAAGUGCUUGAUGAAGAAAAAGCCUUAUGUUUCAGUUUCUUCAUGUGUGUGAGUUUGAUGCUUACAGGGUUGCUCUGGUUACAUGUAUACAUUUAAGUGCUGCUUACAUCAGUGAGAAAGAUAUGGAGUAGCAAUGGCCCCCUAUUUUAUUUUUAUUUUUUAGCUUUACUUUUUUAAAGAAAAGGGAAAAUAUGUUCACAAAAAAAAUUGUUUUAAAUUUUCAUUACUGAAAAUUCAACAAUGUAGUAGCUCAUGUUGCACUGAGCUUGCCAGUGGUGGCUGACAAGGUGAUCCUAUUAUCCAGUUUGUUGGUUGUUGUCCUUUACAGAAGACUGAACUGUUUUAGGAGUAUUUAAUGAAAACCAAGUUGGGUGUUUUCCACAGAAAGUGGUUGUCAAGUUUUUAUGGCCUUACAAUGUAUUUUAUUCAGAAUUCUUUUUUUUUUUUUUUUUUUUUGCAUUUUCUUUUUCUACAGUAUAAACUAUUGCUCACGGUCUGGCAAGUUAAUUUAUUAGCGAUGCGUCUCCAGCUUUCCUUCCACUUGGAAAGAUUUCAUGUUGGUUAUAUUGCCAGUUUUUUUUACUUUUGCAGUUUGUACUAAAGGUUUAAUAAAAACGUACAGACAAUUCACUGUCUUUUCUUUUGAA